AUGUCUGAAGGUCAAGAUCAUAAUUCUGGUGCACUUGUCAGGCCAGAAGAUUUGCAUUGUAUUAAGUGUUUAUAGCGUUGAAUAUCAAAACCCAAAAAUAGGGCUUGAGCUAAAAUUAGUGAUAAUGUAGCCAUCUCAGAUCAAAACAAACAGAUAAUCCUAAAUCUUUCCACAUAUUCAUUGACAAGUGUCUCUCUGGGUAGUCAAGAAUGACACUCUCCUUCCAAUAAUGCCAGGACGUAAACCUGGCAUUGAGCUUGAAAACGUUCCCGAUUUCCAAGAAAUCCACUUCUGGAGUAGCUGGGACAUCUUUCCUACUCCAGUUUCUUUCCUAUGGGAUAAAACCUGGUCUGGAUUAGAGAAUACCGAGGGCUUCCCCGAUAUUGGGAUUCACCACUCCAGCGCGCAUACAUUCCAAGCCCGAUCCUCUCUUCCACAAGAUCCCUGGCUCUUCCAAUGAGCUCACAGGCUACAUAUAGCGCCUUUCUUAAAAUGGCGCGCAAUGAGCCAUCUUAAGAAAGGCGCUAUAUGCUAAGAGGGAAGUUGGCUCAUCAUGCCAUUUUAGCAUAUAUAACAGGUCAGAAGUCACUUCUUUUUUUCAUGAAGCAACCAACACUAUAUGCUACGUGGCUGCAUGUCCAAAUACUAAAAAAUGUAUAGUGCUUGAUCCUGUAAUGGACUAUGAUCCUAUAGGCCACAGAACUUCUACAGAGCAUUCAGACACUGUAAUAAAGUUCAUUAAAGAUAACAAUCUUGAACCAGUUUAUAUAAUUGAUACCCAUGUGCAUGCUGAUCAUUUAACUGGCUCAUUGAUUUUAAAGGAACAAUUCCCUGAUGUUCAAAUUUGUAUUGGAUUUAAUGUAACUGUUGUUCAAGAAGUAUUAUCAAGAAUGCUGAAUUUAAGGGACCUAAAAAAAGAUGGAUCUCAAUUCGACCAUUUAUUUGCAGAUAAUGAAGAAGUUCAGGUCGGAGAAUUGCGCGUUAGAGCUAUACAUACGCCUGGACACACUCCAGCAUGCAUGACUUAUAUUGUUGGAGAUGCUGUUUUCACUGGAGACACAAUUUUCAUGCACGAUUUCGGAACUGCAAGAUGUGAUUUCCCAGGAGGAUCAGCUGAAACUUUAUAUGAGUCUGUCAAAAAAAUAUAUAUGUUGCCUGAUAACUAUAGAGUCUUUGUUGGGCAUGAUUAUGGUACUGAUUCAAGAGAAGUGGCUUGGGAAUCAUCAAUAGGACUUGAAAAGAACGAUAACUUGCACUUGAAUUCUCAAACAGCUAAAGAAAAAUUUGUAGAAUGGAGAACUGGAAGAGACAGAACUCUGGCUUUGCCUAGGCUUAUAAUGCAAUCACUCCAGGUUAAUUUAAGAGCGGGUCGCUUUCCUGCCCCAGAAAGCAAUGGAAUUUCCUACUUUAAACUACCUAUUAAUCCAAGGUUCUAA